CGAUCAGGCGCUUCUCUGGCCGGGUAUGAUCGGUGAUAGAUGCCGAAGAUCGUUCUUCUCGGGUUCCUAGGAUGAAAACAAACCAGUGCCUGCUGUCUUUGAAACGCUGAUCGGCGACAAAUGGCGUCGAUGCUGUGUCGUCUCUCGUGCCAAUCCCAAUAUUUCUCGUCCAUUCAGGCUAAAUUCGCCAUCAAUGGGUACUACAUAUACCAACUUCCACCGGAGGAAGCAUUCUUCGUGGAACGCACGUACGCGUUCAUAUUAUUGCCGUAUCAGUUGCGUGAGCGGACGACUGUGGUUAACUUGCUCCCAGAGAAGUGAAGAACGGUCACCACACAGUCGGACUGGACCGGAUAUUGUCGACCAUGGCGACAGGAAUACUCAGAGUCAAAGGCACACAGGUGGUGGACAACAACGACACUCCAGUGAUCCUACGAGGCGCCGCGAUAGGAGGAUGGCUCAACAUGGAGAACUUCAUCACCGGCUUCCCAGGACAUGAAAGCAGCAUCCGGGCCGCCAUGUUGGCAGUCAUGGGCCAAGAGAAGUACGAAUUCUUCUUCGACCGAUGGCUAUACUACUUCUUCACCGAGGCGGAUGCCCGAUUCUUCCGGUCCCUGGGGCUCAACUGCAUUCGCAUCCCAUUCAAUUAUCGACACUUUGAAGACGACAUAAACCCGCGGGUGCUGAAGGAAAGCGGAUUCAAGCAUCUGGAUCGGGUGAUCGAUCUCUGCGCCCAGCAUGGAAUCUACACGAUCCUCGACAUGCACACGGUACCCGGUGGCCAAAGUCCCGGAUGGCACGCGGACAACACGACCAGCUACGCGGCAUUCUGGGACUAUCGCGACCACCAGGACCGGACGGUGUGGCUGUGGGAGCAGUUGGCGCGCCGGUACAAGGACAACCCCUGGGUGGCGGGCUACAACCCGAUCAACGAGCCCUGCGAUCCCCAGCAUGUCCGCCUGCCGGCAUUUUAUGUCCGGCUCGAAAAGGCCAUCCGCGCCUUCGACCCGCACCACAUCCUGUGGCUGGAUGGGAACACGUUUGCCGCCGAGUGGAAAGGGUUUGACGAGGCCGUCGAGGCAUUGCCGAACUGCGUCUAUUCGCUGCAUGACUACAGCAUGAUGGGCUUCCCCACGGGCCAACCGUACAUGGGCACCAUGGAGCAGAAGCAAAAGCUUGAAGCACAGUUUUUGCGCAAGUCCGCUUUCCAGAGAACCCACCACGUUCCAAUCUGGAAUGGCGAGUUCGGUCCUGUCUACGCGAACCCAAAGUGGGACAACGACGCGGACACCGUCAACCAGCGCAGAUAUGACUUGUUGGGCGAGCAGCUGAGGAUUUAUGACAAACAUGAGAUCCCCUGGUCUAUCUGGUUGUUCAAGGAUGUUGGGUUGCAGGGCAUGGUCUACACGUCCCCCGACUCAGCUUGGAAUAAAUUGGUCGAGCCGAUACGUGAGAAGAAGAAACGUCUGCAGCUCGACGCUUGGGGGAUGUAUCCUUCCAAGGAGGUCGAGAAUGUCAUCGGCCCGCUGGUGAGCUGGAUCGACUCGGUCUCUCCCACCGCCAAAGAUGUGUAUCCUCCCACCUGGAAUACCCGGAGACAUAUCGAGCGGGCUGUCUUGCAGACGUUUUUGGCCGAGACGUUUGUGAAUGAGUUUGCUGAAUUGUUUCGCGACAAGGACCAGACCGCGCUGGAAGAACUGGCCAAGAGCUUCGCUUUUGACAAUUGCAUCCAGCGUGAAGGUCUGAAUAAGAUAAUGGCCGAUUAUGCGGACUUAGCGUCGAAGAAGCGAGGGGAAUAGACGGACUAGCCAUACACUAUACUGCAAUUCAGAUUAGUUUCUGACGUAGAUGGUUGGCCACAUACUAUAUUAAAGGUGCUG